GCACACCGGUCUCGCAGGUGGACGAAGGAGACGCGUCGGGAACCGAGUGGAAGGUUGGAGCUCUCACCUGCACAGGCGAUGCCCAACCAUUGCCGCGACCUUGAGGAGAACCCGGCACGGUCGUCUCGGAGGAAACUCUCCGAAUCCGCGAUGGAGGCCGCCACUGCGCCCACCAACAAGCAGGCCCGCACGGCCGCUUGGGCCGCGUCUCAGCACGCGGCGGCGGCGGCGGCGUCGGCGUCGCCGUUGCCGCCGCUGCCGCCCCAGCGGCCGCCGUCGCCGCCGCAGCCGCCGCCGCCGGCGCACCCCGGAGGAGUCGGCGCGCCCCGGUUCGACUCCGGGUCCGACGCGGCGGGCCGAGGGUUCGACGAGGAGUACGAGGUGUCGUCCGUGCUGAGCGACGAGUACUACCUGCACGACGGGAUGAACGAUGGCGACGACGAUGAGGAGAGCCCCUGCGAGACGGAGUUUGUGGGAACGGACGCAGGAGGCCUCGGCUCGGCCGUGCUUCGCGCACACACAGCCUUCCCCAGCGGCAGCUGGCGUUGCAGCGAGUGCCUCAUCGUGAACCUGCUGUCCCACCGCUACUGCCUCUACUGCUGGUCCCCGCGGAGAGACUCGCAGAGAGACUCGGGCAUCUACCCGGGCAGUGACUCGGACGAGGAGGAGGAUGACGUGGAGGUGGCGGCGGCGGCGGCUCUGGCCGACGCCGAGGUGGGAGCGCGGGAGGAGGACGUGGAGGUGGUGGACGAAGAGGAGGACGGAGAAGGGGACGGCGAAGGGGACGGAGAAGACGCGAGCGCCGUCGGACGUGGCGGCGGUGGGGUCAAAAUGGCUGCCCGGGUAGCUAAAAUGGCCGCCGCCGCCGCCGCCGCCGCCGCAAAGCACCGCGGAAAGCAGCAGCAGGAGGCGGCGGCGGCGGCGGCGGCCGCUGCCACCGCCGCCGGCGAGGAGCGAGCGGUGGCCGGGCUGACGGAGGCGUGCGUGAUCUGCCGCGUGCGCCGACGGGACGCGACGAUCGUGCACGGGGGAACGGGCCACUUGGUGUCGUGCUUCGCCUGCGCCCAGAGGCUCCACGGGCAGCGCAGGCCGUGCCCCGUAUGCCGGGGCCCCAUCCAGCUCGUCAUCCGCACGUUCGUGUCGUAGUCCGCCAAAUAAGCUAUUGCAAACUUAUUUUAAACUAUUUUUUUUUUAAAUGUUUUUUUUAUCGGGUAAGGCACCACGGUGCUGUGUAGCUCUUUUUUAUUCAGAAGCGACCUAGCAGCUCAACGAAGUUGCUUAUCAUCACGCGGGAAUUCCGAGUAGCAGCCAAAUACUUUAAAUGCGUAAUCAAUUCUAAAUGCGGAGGGAACAAAAUAAAAACCGGACGACCCGGCGUGAAAAAUCCACACGAAGACCAAGUGUCAAAGGUUCUCUUCCCCCCGUACGAGCCUGCCGGGGCAGUUGUUUUUACAAAACACUGCACCAGGUACUCGUGUUUGAGUCGGCCUGUACGUACGUUGAACUUCUUUCGUUGCUAAUCGGAGGUGCAGGGGGAUAGCAGGAAACAAUGUACAGUUUAACACGUGGGCUUUCGCGACCAAUAUUAUCCGCAAUAGAGCCGUUAGAUGGCUAACCCCCCCCCAAAAAAAACCGCUGUUACGGAUCAACAAUGUACAUUGAUCCUCUUUCGUACCAGACGUAGCCAGCCAUUACUAAUCGGAGGUGCGGGGCGAAGGACAGGAGCUGGGGGGUGCUGAUUGGGGGGGGGGGGAGGCCCGCGACCGGUUCGGACAUUCUUUGCCGAUGUUCGCCGUAAGACGGUAAACGAAUUUGGCGCCGCCGGGUCGGAACGUGUCUGCUCUUUCAGGAAUGUUUAGGGAAUGUUUGUUUGGCGGGGGGAGGGGGGGUGGGGGGGAGGGUUAUGCCACGUCUUGUGUUUUUGUUUCGUGGUUCCUCGUGAAUUUUUUGUUUUAAUAAUUUUUUCGUUUUAACCAUCGUCGUUGCGCCACGCGUUUCGUUCUCAAAACCAAAAAAAUCCAACCGCGCAGCCGCCCGCAUUUUUAACGUCGUUUCGCGUCUGGAGCACAGAAGCGUGCCGUCGUCUCACUGCAAGGAUGCAAGGGAACUCGGAAAGACGAUCGGCAAUCUGCAGCACACGGCCGGCGAGCCAGAUGCAUGCAUGCAGAGGCACGCACAGGCACCGCACGGAGCAGAAGACCCCGGGCGGCAGAGUCCCCCACGCGCAAUCGUUGGGAAACACGUGGCCGGAUGCAAAGCUUGCCUCGAUGUUCUGAGGAUAUAAUGGAGUCCCCCCGGGAUUUAUUGAAGUCUUUUGCCGAUGUUGGAGCACUUUCCCCAAAAACAAAAGUAAAACAAAGCAAUGACCUGAAAUUAUUUGACGGAGCGAUUUAAAAUAAAUAAGUAAAUAUAUUGCGGUUGAGUUCAUGUUUGGGGCGAGGUUUUUAUAUUUUUCACGUUAAAUAUGUCGGGCUAUCCUGUAUUGUGUUCGGUUGUUAUACUUCAACCACACUGGUUUUUUUUUUAUUAUCGGGUGCAAUUGCAAACAACGGCCAUAUCAGACAUCAGUAGCAACAUCUAAUUCGGCACAAUCAUUGGGUUCACUGCAGCUCAAAGACUCGCAAGUCCCCCUACAAGGCGCGCGGAGAUGUUACGAGAUGCCCCAUGUGUGUGCGCGCGUAGCUCGGCAUUUGAAGGCCUGAAGACUCAGAAUCGGUGAUCCCGCUGACAGUGUGUUCAUCGGGUGGAGGCGGUUUCCAUUAUCCGGACA